AUGUCGCAGUUUUUCAAAAGAGUGCAGCGGUUUGCAAAAAAAUCUCCUAUAGCAGCCGGAAUUCCAUUCAUGGGAAUGAUCGUUGCUGCUUCAUACGGAUUUUCAUAUAUCACCCAAGUAAAGUAUGAUUAUAUUGAUGCCAAAUACACUACUUCUGAUCCUAUUGUAUCCAUUUUGGUACACCAGUCGGAAAAACGAGAAAAGCUUGGACUCAAAAAUGCUGAGCCAAUCGAUAUUCGCAAAAUCUACUUUGAUUUGGCCAAGGACGAUGAUGAUUGGGAUUUUGUACGAGUUCCCAGACAACCAGGAGAAAAAUAA